UUCAAAUUAAGCCUAGUGUGUAUCUAAAACAUUGUUCUUCCUUUGAAUGCACUCCAUCGACCCCAUCACCUUUUACCUAACCCAUCUAUCUCACUGAUCCCGACCACUACAUUUCACCUUCCAAAUUCUUCUUUAUUUGAUAUUUCAGUUCGCAUUAUUGUCUUUGCUAGUAAUAAUACUACUAUUUUAUUUUCAUUUACACAGUCACAUACAUACCAACAUUUCUCCCAUCAACCUUGGUGUUUGGCCAGCUUUCGCUUACCUAACUGUAUCCGGGGAUACCGAUCACCUCCUGCCGUCCCAUCUCCAACCUUACUACUCUAUGGUGGAGACUCUAACGCCGUUGUCAUCUUCAUCCCGUUGGACUCAAUUCCACCACCCACGUCCAUGGAUCCCACCACUAUUCUCUAACCACAAAACCCUUUUAACUGCUCUCUGGAUCGCGUUCAUAUUUUCUAUUCUAUUCUGGCAAAGGGAUGCUACUACCGGAAUCUUGUUUUACCGGCGUAAUUUUCCGGUGAUGGUAAUGCCGAAACUCCGUCCGACGGCGUUUAACUUAACGGACUUUGGUGGGGUUGGUGACGGCGUUACAUUGAAUACGGCGGCGUUUGAGAGGGCAGUAUUGGCUAUUUCUAAGCUUGGUAAGAAAGGUGGUGGACAGCUUAAUGUGCCACCUGGAUAUUGGUUAACGGCGCCGUUUAAUCUUACCAGUCAUAUGACUCUUUUCCUUGCUGAGAGCGCUGUAAUAUUGGGUAUUGAUGAUGAGAAGUACUGGCCUCUCAUGCCUCCAUUGCCUUCGUAUGGAUAUGGGAGAGAACAUAUUGGACCACGCUAUGGAAGUUUGAUCCAUGGCCAGAAUCUCAAAGAUAUUGUAAUCACAGGGCAUAAUGGUACCAUUAAUGGGCAGGGUCAAGCAUGGUGGAAGAAGUACAAGCAGAGGCUUCUUAACAAUACCAGAGGGCCGCUUGUCCAGAUAAUGUGGUCUAGCGACAUAGUGAUCUCUAAUGUAACAUUGCGUGAUUCUCCAUUUUGGACUCUCCAUCCAUAUGACUGCAAAAAUGUAACAAUGAAGAAUGUCACAAUUCUGGCUCCUAUCUUCGACGCUCCUAAUACUGAUGGCAUAGAUCCAGAUUCCUGUGAAGAUAUGCUGAUUGAGGACUGUUACAUCAGUGUUGGUGAUGAUGGCAUUGCAAUAAAGAGUGGUUGGGAUCAGUAUGGCAUUUCUUAUGGACGGCCUUCAACAAAUAUAGUCAUCCGAAAUCUAGUAGUUCGUUCGAUGGUCAGUGCAGGCAUAUCGAUAGGAAGUGAGAUGUCUGGUGGGGUGUCAAAUGUUACUGUGGAAAACGUACAUGUCUGGAGCUCAAGGCGUGCUGUUCGCAUCAAAACAGCAGCUGGCAGAGGAGGAUAUGUACGACACAUAGCUUACAGGAACUUGACAUUCGUAAACGUUAGGGUGGGGAUCGUCAUCAAGACAGAUUACAACGAACAUCCUGAUGGGGAGUUUGAUCCGAAAGCUGUACCAAUACUAGAAGACAUAAGCUACGUGUCAGUACACGGUGAGGGAGUUCGUGUCCCCGUUCGUAUCCAUGGAAAUUCUGAAAUUCCAGUGAAAAAUGUUACUUUCAGAGAUAUGUCUGUUGGGAUAACAUACAAGAAGAAACACAUAUUCCAAUGCUCUCAUGUUCAAGGUCGUGUUAUAGGUACUGUUUUCCCUGCUCCCUGUGAGAACCUUGACCUAUAUGAUGAGCAAGGACAUCUGAUCCGACGUUCUGACUCUCUGAAUGCAUCGGACAUAGAUUACGACUUUUGAAAUGGUUUCAGAUAUCCACAUUUUCGUGGGCCAAUUUUCAUAGUGGCCAGCCACUGUUUUCUAUGUCUUUGAAAUGGUUUCAGAUAUCCACAUUUUCGAGGGCCAAUUUUCAUAGUGGCCAGCCACUGUUUUCUAUGUCUAUAUUGAUAAUUACUGAAUGGAGGUGAGAGAUGGUCACAAUGUUCAUUCAAUUACUCUUGCCCAGUCAGUCAUUUUCUAGUUUUUCGUUUUUUCUAUACCUGUAACAUUCCUUUCCCCGUACGUUGUACAUAGAAGAAUGAAGUAUAUCCUUAUGUAUUCAAAUUCUUAUGACAUGUGAAAGCAGCUUGAAGUUUCCACUA